AUGGGUAUAUGUUGUUGCAAAGAAGAUGCAAUUGAUUUUGAUGGUGAAGUUGAAUUAUCUCAUUUUCACUUAUUGAAAUCUGUAGGAAAAGGUGCUUUUGGCAAGGUUCGAGUUGUACAACACAAAAGAUCAAAAACUGUAUAUGCAUUAAAGUAUAUUAAUAAAGAAAAAUGUAUAAAAAUGCGUGCGAUAGGGAACAUAAUACAAGAACGUCGUCUAUUGGAAGAGAUCGAAUAUCCCUUAAUAUGUAAUUUACGUUACGCAUUUCAAGAUGAUGAAAAUAUGUUUAUGGUUCUAGAUUUGAUGUUAGGUGGUGAUUUAAGAUUUCAUUUAGAGAGACAAGGAAGAAUGAAAGAAGAUGUAGUGAAAUUUUAUGCGGCUGAAAUUAGCUUAGGACUAGAUUAUUUGCAUUCAAAAAAUAUUGUUCACAGGGAUAUAAAACCAGAUAAUGUUUUAUUAGAUGAACAAGGACAUGCACAUUUAACUGAUUUUAAUAUAGCAGCUCAUUAUAAGGAACAAAAACCUUUUACUUCCGUAGCUGGUUCUAUGGCAUAUAUGGCUCCUGAAAUGUUAAAAAAAAAAGGAUAUCUUUAUUCAGUUGAUUGGUGGUCACUUGGAAUUGUAAUUUUUGAACUUUUAUUCGGCAGGCGACCAUUUCGUGGAAAAAAUAAUUCACUGCUAACUAAAGCAAUUCUUCAUGAACCUCUUCAUUUUCCUGAUAAUCCUAAUAUGACGGUAUCUGAAGAAUGUUUAGAUGCUAUAAAAAGAUUUUGUGAACGUGAUAUAUCAAAACGUUUAGGGUGUAAUGGAAUAGAAGAAAUCAAGCAGCAACCUUGGUUCAAAGAUAUAGAAUGGGAUAAGCUUGACACAAAACGAGCAACACCGCCAUUUGUACCAGAUCCUAAGCGAGCAAAUUUUGAUGCGACAUAUGAACUCGAGGAAUUAUUACUGGAAGAUAAUCCAUUAAAAGUCAAAAAACGAGCUAAUCAGGAUCUUAGUGGACUUUCCAAGGAAAUGAGAACAAUGGAAGAAAAAUUCCUUGUAUACGACUAUACAAAGAUGGACAGGAAAAAUAUAAUAAUAAACAAUCCAACAAAAGAUAUUCAUAAAAGCCAAGAACCUGAUGUUAUAGCUGUAGUAUACAUUGAUGAUUCUAAAGACAAAAAUAUAAAUGAUUUGUUGACAGAUCGACCCAUAUCACAAAUAAUGAUCACAAAAGAGCUCCCGAAUUCAGUUUAA